AUGUUUUCCCCGUCCUCCGCUCAAGGCGGCCCUGCGACCGCGACUCGUUCACGCCGUCGCCAGCGCCCAGUGAGCUCUGAACGUACAACUCAACAGCCGAAAGCAAAGAGACAGAGACUUCCUCUGACGGAGCAAACUUUUGUGAAUCCUGAAGCUGGACAGGAGAUGAUCGAGGUCAAGGCUGAUACCAAGGUCGCGACUCUACCCGCCAAAAACAAAACCAUCAACAUCGAGCCCCCCGAGCCUGUUAGCCCAGUUUUGCGCAAGGAAUUGAACGUUCGCACAAAAAAGGCAAAGCAUGGCGAUCGCGCCGCUAAUAAAGGCGACGGAAGCCUUGUGCUGACAAGCACAAACGCCUACACAGUUAGCAAGCUACCAGCUUUGCCCGACAGAAUUCGCGCCGACUGGCCAGCCUACCAAACCGCCGACAUCUUCUCUACAGGCUAUGCCCUCUCCCUAACUCAAACACACGCCCUUGUCUGGCCUUACACAUCCACAUCGCAAUCCCCCGAAACCUUUUCUUUUAGCCUUCCAUCGACUACCAGACCGAACGAACCCCUUCCCGUAGGAUGCCUCGUCUCACCAUCCGCGUCAUCGGCAGAGCCCGGCUUGGUUGUUGUAAUGGGAGGUAGUGGGAAAGUUGUGUACUGGGAAUCGAUUGCGAGUGCUGCCACGUUUGUCUUUAUGAAGAAGGACCGCACAGGCGUGGAGUAUACGAUCCCAGGAAUGCACUCAGGCGAGAAAGUUGUGGCUAUCACCAACGCUGAAUCUGCUGGCUUUAUCUUGACCUUCAACUCCGGACGCCUUGCGUACAUGAACGUGCGCGACAGCCAAGGCCGUCCUGCUAUCUCCGUUCAGUUCCUGCGUAAUAACCUGUCACCCGCCACCGGUGGUAUCUUUGGCAGUAUUCGACACGCCUUCCAACACCUGUCUCUCAAAGGAGAUGUUGCAGCUGUCCGAGCAGAUCGGUCUGCACGGACAGGCGAGAGGAACAUUGUGGCUCUUACCAGCAAGGGACGACUUAAUGCUUGGAGGGUUCAUCGCGGAGGUCAUAAUGAAAUCAUUGGCGAUGCAGACGUACGAGAGGAAAUUGUUGCUGCGUUACAGGAGGCCGACCCUGUGUCUCAAGAUUACCCCGAAGAUUCCUUUGAAGCAAUCGACUUUACCUACGUUCCUAAGGGCUUGGAGUCCAAGUACCUGGAGCUGAGCAGGCUGAGUGAUGCUAUGGCUACCGACGAUUCAUCAGUGCAGCACCUCCUCGUUCUCGUUAGCUUGACCCUACGAAGCACUUCUCGCUACGCAUUGGUCGAGGCUAUCCUGACCCCCAGAGAUUGCCAGAUUGGCAUGAUCCGUCCCAUAACAUCAUAUAGUACACCGUUCUCAUCACAACUAUCCGAAGCCUCACGACCGCGCCUAUAUCUUCCUCGACCCGCUCUGGUUGCCUUUGUGGUCUUUGACCGUGCAACUGUCAUUGCUUCUAUCGCCCUCCCACCCCAGUCUCCUGAGUCGCAACUUCAAACCGACAGUCACAUCCUCCCUGCCGCCUUCGAAGAUGUAGUCGACUUCCGAGAAGACGAUCUGCACGAGAUUAUUGGUUCUGGAUUUGAAGAAAUGGCAUCAGUUACUAGCCACGAAGAACAUCGACUUCAUCGACCCAAGACAAAGAACCCUGCUGUCGUCCUCAUGGUUCGAGGAGCUGGCGCAGUGCGAAUCGUGACAACCGAUGUGGAUAAAUUUGCUAGUGACCAACCACCAAAGGUUUCCGCGAAGAGCAAAAUUGAGCAGGCUGUCUUCUUCGGUGUGAAGCAAGACAAUCCUUUGAUCUUCGAUGGACGACAAGACAUCAAGUUUGCCAACGACGAAAUCGCCGAAGCUGCGCUCGAAGUCAGUCACGAAAUUUUGAGCUCUAGUACACCCUUUAUUUCGACACUCCCGGCCUCGCUAGAAGACAACUUGCGAGCUCGAUCAAACGCACUGGAGAGAUUGAUCACACAGCUCAGAGUUAUGGGAGCAGACCUCGACCGCAAGACACGCUGGAAUCUGCUUUACAACGCUGAGAAAAUGCAUGUGGCUACUCUGCUCUGGAAAAGACACGAAGCUUUCACUGCUGCACGGCCGGCAAAUGAUAAAAAGAGUCUUAUCGGCACGAUUGUCGAGUUCAUUCAUCAAGAUCAGAAGCACAACCCCGUCGCUAAGAUUGGCGAGGUUGAUCGAGUUCGGCAUUGGUUUAUUAACGAUGUCUUCCGCCUGGAGCUUUUCGUUGCCUGGGCUUACGAGGUCAUCAAAACAUUAUACAAAGAUCAUCUUCUUGAUGACGCCAAGGUUAAUGUCAUGAUAUACGAAGCGAUACAGGUCUACAAUUGCACCUUUACAGCAGCUCAUGAUUUCCGAAAGAACAGCCUCAGCUCUUACGGUCUUGGUUUCGAGGAACUGCGUUUGGGUAUUCUACGUGAUGGAUACGAAGAUCUUCCCGAGCCCUGGACUGGCUCUCAGUAUGUCGCCAAUAACGCUAAACGUCUUGUCGACCUCUCAGACCAGUGGGUACUCAAGAACCAUGACGCUGGCGAGUCGACCAAGGGAGCAAACCACCCAGAUCCCAAGAUCGUCACCAAGAUUUUUGAGGAGCUCCCUAGUCUUAUCGAUGGUAUGCUCACUUCGGUUCUGGAGUGCGCUCGCUGGUCACAAGUACAGUCUGACCAAAAGGUCAUCUCUCAGCAAUUUGCAAAGGUUUACGCAACUGAUCGUUUCGAGAAGCCUCUUGCCCUGGCGCGCUCUGGUAAAUGGGAAGAAGGUGCUUCAAUUGCCGAGAAGCAUGAAUGUCUCCGUGCCCUUUCUGUCAUUCUGCUUGAUCACAUUCAAAUUCUCGAAGAUCGACUUGGCGAGCCCGGACUGUCCUUAGUGGAAACACAGAAUCUUAAGCGGCUUAGAGACAGUAAGAAGAAUAAGCUGCAGAACAGCUUCUCUACUUAUGGCCAGGCCUUCGCGUUCCCUGCCUACGAGUUCCUCCUUCAAAAACAUGGAGUUGAGGACGUACUGGAAUUCGACCUUGAUAACCAGGGGUAUAAAACGCAGUUCCUGCGUAGUAAGCCUGAGCUAGCGCGCAUCUCGUGGAUCAACGACGUGCAGCAGGAGAAGGAUGUGGGCCACAGUGCCGAUACGCUCAUCAAUUUGGCACUCACCAAGGAACAGCAAGUCUGGAACAAGAAGAUCGAAUUGAGUCUCGGCAAACUGGCUCUUUUGGCCGAGCUUGAAGAGAAAGACAAGGACACCAACCCUAGCGGUCUCAAGGUCAACGCCGAUGAAGUUCGCACAGAGGAAAAAUUGAAGAAGGUCGACAGAGAGUUGGUCGCGAUCAGGAUCCAAGAUCAACUGUACCACCAAGUCCUCCCUAGCACAUAUGAUGCGGUGGACGAUGCGGCCGCACUCAACUUUGCCAUGGAGGUCCACAGCAUGAACAUCCCUCGCCGCCAAAAGGCUCAGCACCAGAUCUUUGAAGAUGGCAUGAAACGUCUCUUGCAACACGAGGCUUUGGAUGCUAUGACGCUCAUCGACCUUCUUACCUUGAUUUAUCUAAAGCCUGAGUCUCGAGCCGAGAUUCCUAAUCCGUUUUGGCUGGCUCUUCUCGUUGCUGAGAGCAGCUGCCAUAGCGACGAAGUUAAGGAAGCCAAGAGGAUGAUUUGGAGGAGGUUGUUUAUUCGCGAUGAUUGGUCGCGCAUUAACGAUACCCAGCUCAAAGACGACCGCGAGGUAGUCGAAAGGUUGGCAGAAACAGAACUCUACUCUAUGAUGACAGACUGUAUUAGCUUUCAAAACCCACGAGAGCCUUUCCGGCCUUUGUCCCCCAAGGAGGCGCUGGGUGCCUUUACUGAGAACCUCGACCGCCGGUUCCGCGACUUCGAGACAUCGUUCCGCACAAAACUGGUUGAUAUUAUGAAGCACGAGGACAAGGUCCUUCAUCAGUUCCUCGAGAAGAACCGUCUUGGCUCAUGGGUCCACAGUACCUUUGAUGCCGCACGGACAGAGCUGGAUAACAACCUUGACACUGCGACCAAGAAUGCCACCAUUGUUGACACAGACAAUGCUAUGGCUGGCUCGAUUUUCGAUACGGACAUGUCAAUGGACACGAGCCCCGGUGUACAAUUUUAG